UUCAUUAAAGUCAUAAUAGAUUUUUUUCGAAAUAAUCAUAAACUUGUCAAAUAAAAUAAGCGCUAGUGGUGUACAUAUGUAUACAUAACCUCACUCAUGCGCAGUAUCUUGUUUACCACGUGUCAAAAACUUUUUUUUAGUAGUUCUGUUUAUCAUAUCAUAUUUAUAAAAUUUGUUAAUUAAAAUUGGUAAUAACAUUUUUAGUUUUGUUCAACGAUUAUCAAUUUCCAUGAUUAAAAACAUAUUGGGAAGGUGUGACAGAGAUACAAACUCAUACAAAUACAACAUUGAACUGUAUACAAGUUAAAUACAGUUACGAUGAAAAAGUAUUAUCAAGCUGCCUUAGCUCUAACCGCAACUUUGAGUAUCAUAGCAUUACUCUUCUACAGACAUGAAUACAAUAAAUUAAGAUUUGUAUUGCAAUUUUUUAAUUCCUUUGGUUCACCACCAAAUAAUAAUAACAAUAAUACUUGUGCCAUACAAUUUGAAGAUCACCUUUCAUCCUGGCAAAGGGUUACUCAUGAUCUUCAUAUAUAUUCUGCUUAUAACCAUCAUGAUGGUGAAAUAAUAUCUAUAGCUCUAGGUAGAAAUACACAAACAUUAAGCUUUGCCUGUGAUAUUUUAUUCUCUGAUGAAGUAGAGCCAAUUGCUGGAAAAUUUACAUAUGAAAAUAUUAAUAUAAAUAAUGACAAUCUAGACACUGAUUAUGAUCGACAAUUCAGUGGAUAUUUAUUUAAAUGUAAGUACGAUAAAAAUUCAACAAAUAAAACUGUUGUUGGCAUACAGUUGUCAAGCUUACAAAAAAAUAAUAAUGAGCUCAAUAACUUUCCGAUAAUUCGCGUUAAUACAUACAGUAGAAAUAAUUAUACUAAAAAAACUAAUGUUAUCUGUGUAUCUCCACCGAUGCCACGAAUGAUGAAAUACAUUGACAUGGUGAGCUUUUUAGCUUUUCACAAUAAAAUCGGAUGGAAUAAAUUCCUUGUAUAUGAUUAUGGUAUUUCACCUGUUUUUAAUGAUGGCAUUAAAAAAAUGGAGUUAUCAAAUAAUUGGAAUUUUACCUACACAUUAGCUUCUUGGAAUUUUCCAUACUUCAAAGUAUCAUCUCAGCUCAUGAAAAAUAUCAUAGAAAUUGAUUGUCUUCAUAAAAAUUAUAACAGAGCUAAUUUAGCUAUUACUCUUGCCUGGGAUGAGUACAUUAAUCUAAAAUAUCAUACAUCAGUGGAAAAUUUAAUUUUUGACGUUGGAAAAGUAUCUGGUAAGAGUGCUGAUAAAUUUCAGACUACUAUUGAAAUCAAUUGUAUGAAUAAAAAUCGAAGUUUUUCGAAUAUUCAAAUUCCUAUGAUAUACAGUGAAACUCGUGUUACAUCGAAUAUCAAUCAAAAUCAACCACAAUAUAUUUAUAAAUUAAGUAACAUUUUAAAUGAUUAUAUUAUCGAGCAAAAUGUUGAUGAUUUGUUAUUUAUAAAAAAAUACCAAAUAUGUAAUGCAGUGAAUAAUAGAAAAAAAAUGAUCAAUGGAGAAUUAAGGAAUAGUGAAAAUUUAGGGAAUUUAAAAAUAUUUAAAUACUAUCUUAUGGGUAAACUGUUUAGUCAAUAAACAAAAAAUAAAAACGAUUGACAAUAUGUAGAUGAUCUGAUGGUAAUCAAAAAGGCAAUAACAUAAAGAUAAUAAUGUUAUAAGCGCUUUUACAAUUAGUAAUAUCGUUCGAAUGAUAAGUUGAAUUUUAUAUGAUUGUAUACUACUUUAUAUUUAUGUAUAUUGUAUUACAAUAAUUAUUAUAUGAAUUCUUUUUAUUAAUUAAAUUUUAUUUUCUAUAAACA